GAACCGGACAAACCGAGCAAGCAACAAAUCUGGAGAAGAAAACCACUGUGCAUGUAUUUGUACAUCUGUUGGGCCUUUUUUGCUCUCCCACUUCACUUGUGCGUAAAUUCUGAUUGUAUCAGACCGAGAAAUGCUGUGAACUCGAUGGAGAAGUUUUGGAGUUGCUGUCAGCUAUGGGUGAAGUAGUCAAGACGUGGAAAGUCGUAGAGGCGUCCAGGCACAAAAACUCAGCGGGCUUGAGUUCAAGAAGUGGAUCAACAGGACUGCGUGGAGCGCUCCCUUUCUGCCUACUUUAAAACAAUGGAUGGCUGUCCCUGCCUUUACACGGACCCGUCAGUCUGAACCUAGAAAAAACGCUUCAGUGGAGCUGAUAUGGUCUGAGCACACUUUACUGUUGUGAUUUGCACCAGAUCAACAGGACUGUAUCCAAUGAGAGGUCUCAUGGUAAAACAAUACAUUGGUGCGAACUGCGAAUAGAGAUAAAACUGUGGUAUUUCACAAAGCGUUGAUAAACACGCCGAGUGACACCAUGUGGAGCCCGGGGACGUGGAUCUGGCGAGCGGCUCUGUGCUGCAUGCUUCUGGAAACGUUUCUGCACACUGCUAGAGGUCUCAACUUGUGUAUGAGUGGCAGCGCUACCUCCUGUGAAGAAUGCCUCCUGAUUCAUCCCAGUUGCGCCUGGUGCGCACAAGAGGAUUUUGGGAGGGGGCGGACUCUGACAAGGUGUGAUUUUAGUCAAAACCUUCAGAAGAGGGGCUGCGAGGCAAGGUUCAUUGAGUACCCAACUAGCAGCCUUUCAGUCCUGCAGAACAUACCCCUGAGUUCUAAAGGGUCCGGGUCGGCUCAGUACAAUGUCGUUCAGAUUAUGCCUCAGAAGAUUUCUCUCAGCCUGCGGCCAGGAGACCAGACGUGGUUUGGUGUGCAGGUGCGGCAAGUGGAGGAUUAUCCAGUGGAUCUCUACUACCUGAUGGACCUCUCUCUUUCCAUGAAAGAUGAUCUGGACACCAUCCGUAACCUGGGCACCAAGCUGGCCCAGGAAAUGGGCAAGCUCACCAGCAACUUCCGGCUGGGCUUUGGUUCCUUUGUUGACAAAAACAUGUCCCCCUUCUCCUACACAGCACCCAAGUAUCAGGAGAAUCCGUGCAGUGGAUACAAACUGUUCCCCAACUGUGUCCCCACCUUCGGAUUCCGCCACAUCCUCUCACUGACCGAUAAAGUGGACCGUUUUAACGAGGAGGUGCAGAAGCAGAUGGUUUCUCGCAACCGGGACGCACCAGAGGGCGGAUUUGAUGCUAUCCUGCAGGCUGCUGUUUGUAAGGAGAAGAUAGGUUGGAGAAAGGAGGCCUACCACCUGCUGGUGUUUGCCACAGACGAUGUACCUCACCUUGCUCUGGACGGCAGGCUGGGAGGCCUCGUCCAGCCACACGACGGACAGUGUCACCUCAACGACAAGAACGAGUACAGCGCUUCCACAAAGAUGGACUAUCUCUUGGCUCUUCUCGGGGAGAAACUGGCAGAAAAUAAUAUCUUUCUCAUCUUUGCAGUGACAAAACGGCUCUAUGUUAUUUAUAAGAAUUUUACUGCACUCAUACCUGGAACUACAGUAGAAAUCCUGGACCAGGACUCUAAGAAUGUAAUUCAGUUGAUCGUCGCAGCUUACAAUAACAUCCGUUCUAAAGUGGAGCUGUCGGUGUGGGAUCACCCAGAGGACAUCAGCCUUUCCUUCACCGCCACCUGCCAGGAUGGAAAGCCGCUGCCAGGCCUCAGAAAGUGUGCCGACUUGAAGAUAGGAGACACUGUAUCGUUCAACAUAAGUGUAGAAGCGAGGAGCUGCCCUCCCCGCGGCACUGACCAGAGCUUUACCAUCAAGCCGGUGGGCUUCAAAGACCGUCUGGAGGUGUCUGUGGAUUAUCAGUGUGACUGCGGCUGCAGCCAGAAAGCCCAAACCAACAGCAGCAUCUGCAGCUCCAUAGGUACUUAUAACUGUGGGGCUUGUCACUGUGAGCCGGGCUACCUGGGCGCCCGCUGUGAGUGUCAGGAGGGCGAGGUCAGCAGCAUGUACCUCAGCGCCUGCCGGGAAGCCGAUGGCAAGCAGAUCUGCAGCGGGCGAGGAGAGUGCAGCUGCAACCAGUGUCUGUGCUAUGAGUCGGAGUUUGGCAUUUACGGCAUCUUCUGCGAGUGUGACGACUUCUCUUGUGCCCGACACAAAGGCAUCCUCUGCUCAGGUCACGGAGAAUGUCACUGUGGGGAGUGUAAAUGCCACACUGGUUACAUUGGCGACAACUGUAACUGCUCCACAGAGACGGCGUCCUGCAUUUCAGACGACGGGCAGAUGUGCAGCGGGCGAGGCAGCUGUGUGUGCGGCCGCUGUCAGUGUACUGAGCCGGGGGCUUUUGGAGAUACCUGUGAAAAAUGCCCCACCUGCCCCGAUGCCUGUGGUACUAAAAGGGAGUGUAUUGAGUGCCGGCUUUUCAACUCAGGACGGCUUGCAGACAACCAGACUUGCCAGCGCCUGUGCAAAGAUGAAAUCAUCACCGUGGAGACCCUCAAAACGGAGGACCCGGGCGCUGUGCUUUGUCUGUAUAAGACAGACAACGAUUGUGUCAUGAAGUUCACAUAUUCUGAGCACGCCAGCGGACAAUCCAUCCUCACAGCUCUAAAAGAGCCAGAGUGUGGUGGUGGGCCAGAUGCUAUGAUGGUGCUGCUGGCAGUGGUCGGCAGCAUCCUGCUGGUGGGUGUGGUGCUGCUGGCUGUCUGGAAGUUGGCAAUCACCGUUCAUGACCGGCGAGAGUUUGCACGAUUCCAGAGCGCACGCUCACGUGCCCGAUAUGAGAUGGCCUCCAACCCCCUGUACAAGCAGCCUGUCUCUACACAUUUUGUAGAAACAGAUUUCAACAUGUAUGGAAAGUCGUACAACGGAGGGGUCCACUGAUCCCUCAGCACAGGGCACGGCAGGACCGGUCCAACGAACAGAUCCCUGAAGGACGGGGCUGAGGUGGACUGAACACACUCAUCCCCCUGCAUGGUUCACACCUGAUGUGAGAAGUGAAAAGAGCUAGACUGUGUCUGAGGGGGGAAUCUGUAGCCUUAUUAUCUUUUCGGAGGAGAUUCAAGCCUACCACACAGACAUGAUGGGACUUCUUUUUUUGUGUGUUUCACUGACCGCAGCAGCAGUCGGUGGAGGAGCAAUGAAGCGUGAACUCCUUGUUUAGAGAGAGUGAGAGAAAGAGAGAGUAGAGUUAGCGGUGAGUUUGUCUGCAGUUACACAAGAUAAGCAAACUCUCGUGAAAACCAUAACUCCAAACACAUAAACCCACCACUCAUUCUUUGUACAGAGCAGACAGGUCAUUGGCUUAUAUUUGUAUAUUUUUAUAAACACUAAAAAUGCUUUUUUUCCCUCAGUAUAAACUAUGCACCCAACGGGACUCUGAACAAUUUGAAUUUCACUCUGCAACAGAUAAUUUCAAAUUUGCAGCAUCAUUAAAAAGCACAUAUUUCUGAAGGUGGCUAUGAUUGUGGUACAACUAACAUGUACUAAGCAAUAGACUUUUUACCUUCAUUUUGCACAGAAGAUAUUAAGAGUCAAAUCUCGUAAAGAGUUGCAUUUUAUUUUAUGGUGUGUGUGUGUGUGUGUGUGUGUGUUAUUGUAUGCUCCAGUUGCACUCCCUUCUCUAUAUUAAUUCAAACAUUACCAGUUUAACUAUUAUUAUUCUAUUUUCAUAAUGGAUUUAUCAUGCAAGACUUAUUUUUGUCUCUUUUUUUUUUAUAAAACACCAAAUAUUCUCUAGUUCCAGUCGGAGUCGGCGCCAAUAUUUGCUGCUUUUCCCUGCUUUAUGUCUUUACAAAUUCAAUAUUUGAAUUUUGAAAAUUUGGACAAAACAAGCACUCUGAAGUUGUCACCUUGGGCAUUAGGAAAUUGUGACAGGCAUUUUUAUUUUUUAUGAUUUUCAGACAUUUUGUUGACCAAACUAUCAAUCAAGAAAAUAAAUGGUAGAUGAAUCUGUAAUGAAAAUAUAUAUUUUUAAGUUUGAAUAAGUUUUUGGACAACAAUGGAGCUCUGUGGCACAGAGGAACAAGAUAUAUGAGGCUUUAGAUACACAGAAUAUACUUGUUGGUAGCAUGAAUUCAUUGUUGGUUUUUGUCUUUUCGUUGAAUUAGUUGACAAUAAGAAAAAUAUGAAAUACCAGCAGCCUCUGAAACCUUAACAACACCUCAGAAUCGGAAACGACUCCACUCAUAUAAGCAUUCUUAUAUGAUGAUAAAAUUGACUUGUUACAUUCAUGAUCAUUGGCGAUGAGUAGAUCACCACUAAUUUGGAAUACUAACACAUGCAGUACUUUGAGUAAAAUGUGGAUUUGGGUAUACACUAUGACUGGCUGCUACUUUAUAAAGUCCCUACGAUGCUGUGUCCACCCUGCCUGUGCCGGGAGUGGGUGGAAACCUCAAAGGAUAGUGUCCCAGAGUCAUAAAUCCACCAUCACUGUUCCCACAGGAAGAGGCGGUGUCUGAGCUGUCACAGGGGAAUCUGACAGUGAGAAAUGCUAGAUGGCUGAAGGGUGCUCUGUGGCCUUUUUUAUUUUUUUGGUCUUACAGUAAAAGUAGCAGGGAUUUGGAGUUUGGAUGUGUGUGAGUGUGUUUGAGUGAAAAGAGUUUAUGUAAAUAAUAAUAACACAUGGGUAUGUAUGCACAUACAGUGCCAAAAGAAAAUGUUCUCAUUUGUGGAGUUUUGACUUGGCUUGGCUGUGUGUCUCUGCACAGUUUACUAAAAACUCAUGCACCCACACCUUUUUCAGCACAAAAUACAUAAAUCUGUAGUAUAAAGUUGUUCCUGUACAGUUGUGAACAUUUUCACAUGGAUGAACUGUCCACAAAAGGACUCACCCCACUACAUGUUUAUGUAAUACUGCGCACAGAGCAAGAAACAAUAAAUUUGCUUUUGUCAGAA